ACCAAAUUGGCGCGCCUCCGUCACUAUAUUGGACGAAUAAUAAAUCGUCGGUUUUUAGGGUAGUUCUAUGUACCUGGGUCACAGAGAAAUAAAUGAAUCUGGUAAUAUUCCAGAAGAACUGUUCUAAAAUUUGAAUAGAUACAUUAUCGAAGGCAGAACCUUUGGGAAUUACCACAGAGAAUUUGAUACCUGUGAAUUGGAUCUCCAGUUGUUGCGCACAUGUGGCGAUAAAAUUCAACGUGUGUUCAUAUAUUAAUAUUUUUUCCCGUGAGUGCUUUUAGAUCAUGUGUAAUUAUAUUCCGCUAUUAUUAUGUUGGAUUAUUUCCUGAGACAAAAUGGCUACUCAAAUUAACGACAGGACUCUGAAGAUUAUUAGUAGCUCUUACAGCAGUUUGUUCCCCCCGAGAGAUUCUCCGGAAAAAUUAACGACGGACAAAAAAAUCAAGAUUCCGGACAAACAAACUUUGGAGCGGAUCCAUAAACAGAUAUUUUCUGGGGGCGUCCGCGCCCCUACCCUAGCGGAUCUAAGCACGGGGUUCAGUCGAUAUCCAAGCAGACAGGAGAAAUUAGACUCGCCACUCCGUUUUCAUUUACCAAGCAAAAACACAAGCAUUGGCGCAAGUAGGGCGUCCUUUCAGAAGCUAGAAAUGGAGAAGAGUAACUUGACGCUGGGAAGCUUAGGGAGUUAUCCCCGAAUGAUGAAGUACUUGCUUCCGAACGGCUCUACGAAGGCUUCCGAAGGAGGUUCGUCUUCGAAGUCGACGAGCGACGAGGAAAAAGACGAAUGGGAAAAAUGGCGGGAAUCUGUGGCGGGGGUCAGGGAUGCACGUGACGUAUUGUACCGGUAUUCCGUCAGCAGGGACAGUAAAGUCCGGUACAACUGUUCCACCUUGCCCCACAUUCCCAAAGAAAACCGCCCUUGGACCGCAGGAGAGGACGUUCAACCCAAGAUCCGGAAAAACAAUUUGGUUUUGGAUUUCUCCAAAGAUUCCAAAUCGGACAAAACGCAUGUUCCGCAACCUCACCGGCAGCUAGCAUUAGGGAGAACGUUACGGCGGAAACUGUUCAAAAAUCGCGGCGACAACCCGGCCGACGUGAAUUUUCUGGAGGUUAAACGGAUCACGGUCAGCCACGAGUCUGGCCAAUACACGACGAAUGUCCAACAACCGUUCGAGUUUCACGGAAUCGGGUUUUCAAGGAACCGCACGGAACGACCCCUGAAGAACGAGCAGGGUCGCCCUCUGUACCAUACCUAUAAGCAUUACGUACAGGUACCAGCCAUUCAAGCAGUACCCGUUGUACCGUCAAAAGAUUACAAGUCGGUGGACGCUUACAAACAAUACGUGGAAAAUUUUCAAAAUAACGUAGUUGUCGAAGGACGGAAAACCAGUUUCCCCCGGGAAAGAGAGAAAAGUGACCUGUCUCAGUACGGACAGGAGAACCGACUUCUCCAGUCGGUCAUCAAUGUCAAUCAACCCGGAGACGUGAGCGACGCGCGGGAUAAUGGUGACGUCAGACUUGAAAAUGACGUAAUGGAAGCCCAAACCAACAGAUCAAACUUAUCUUUGAACAAAAAUGAGGAGGCGAACACAAACAGGUCGAAUAAGUCUAUAGUGGUAGAGAUCAAGGCCACGUGGAAGGAAAGAGAGAAGACGGAGGAAAACGAAAUUCAGGAGCAGGGUGAAGUUCCAGUAAACGAUUCACAACCCGCGGAGCAGGAAAGUAGAGCGCAGGAAGAACAACCGACUGAAAGCAGAUGAGAGGAAAUUUGUGUAAUGUUGUCUGAUACAUAGAUUACCUGUAACACGUCGCCAAGAAAUUCAAACGCGCUUCCGCAUUUUAUGUCAUUAUUAAAUGCACGAAUUUGUGUACAUAGUACAUACACUACAAAUAUAUGUGAUCAUUUUCAAUCUGAACAUUUUUUAAAAAACUCUUUUGCCUUAGCGAUGUAUUUUCUUAUUUUUCUACAACAUUGAUUAUACCCAUAUAUAUA